UGAUAUCACGUUUGUAGGAACGAGAAUCGGCUGAAAUCAAAGCACGAUACUGUUGGUGCGAUUACCGUUCUUUGAAUCAGCAAUUAGUAAUCUUUAGCAGUUCGUGGAUUGCGGUUAAUACACACGAUAAAAAACCGUCGUGGAGACGUAAUGAGAAAAAGAAGAAAAACUGAAAGAAAGAAAGAUACAUCGUAAAAAUGAAAUGAAAACCAUGGUACUACCAACAUGUUUACACUCCGAUGUCGAGACAUCGUGGCGUACUAUAAAUAAACGAGUCCAUAGGCGUCGCGAAUAUUGAUUGACUGUUUGGCAACGUGCAAGUCUGAAAGAAAGUAAACAGUCCCGCGCCUUGCAUCAGGACGCAUUUAACCGGUCCAUCGAAAGUGUAUCCCGAAUGACGUUCAAAGGACGCGAUUUCCGUUUAACUGCAACUUCAACUUCUGACACACGUAAAAACCUACGGCAUCGUAAAUGUAACAGGUAUUCCAGAAUAAUUUUGUGUGCGUGCGAAACGCGUUAAGGUAAUCUCUUAUUUUUUUACUUCUUUUUGCCGUAACGUUUUAUCCAGCAAUCUAUCGUAUCGUGUUACGACGACAAACAGAGAGCGUGUUGCUAUUAAUAACACUGAAUAAAAAUCUCUUGCAGAUCUUCAACCGCUUCAAUGUCAUUGUUGGAAAAUUUCAACAAUCGAUUUGAUCGAAGAAAGGUAUUUCAUCGUACAGUUUGCCGAUUUGCUAAUCUCGUUCGUCAAACUGUGUUUUCAGGGAAGAUUUUGAGGAAAACGAAUCGAAGCUCCCGAUAGUGAUUUGAAUUUUAUGCAAAUUAGAUAACCCGCGAAACAAAAGACUCGUGGAAAGAUUUGUAAACAAAAUUGUUAGCAUACAAAACAUCGUAUUUAGAUAUACGAAGCUUGUAUUUUCAUAAAAAAGUAAUUAGUUGGCAAUUAAUGACAACAAACACACGAGUGCAAUCAGGCUUUUAUUUUAAAUACAACCGAUAAAAUAUGCAAUGUUUGCAAGCAGGGAAACGGGGUCAAUGUCAAUUAAUUAAACUCGAUUACAAAGAUGGAAAUCAUCAACAAUUACAUUCUUCUAGUCGACGUAUGAAUUUUUCAGAGCAUCGCCUGUUCAUUGACAUUUACAUUUAAAAAGGUUCUACAUGCGCGGCAAACCAGGCGCAAUCAACAGCAAACUGCAAAGAUGUUCAGCGACGACGACUCGCCUUAUCGUAUCGCGCCUGCGACGCCGUCCAAUCAGCCUAACAAGAUUUCGAAGAAGAAAAUAUAAUUCACCGUAGUAUUAGCCCAUUAACUAUACCAGAGGUCUGAAAUAUGUUAUUUUUCAAGACAGCGCCUUUUAUAAAUAGAUAAUUGACUCUAUAGUCAAUGUUUAACCCUUUCCACUCGUAUUUAUAUUUGAAACAGCUACCAAUCAACUCGGAAUUUUUUUUCAUAUUCAAAAUGAAAACAAUUUUUAUAGGAACAUAUUACAAUUUAACUUACGAGCGCAAAGGUGAAACGUAUACGAGUGGAAAGGGUUAAAUAGGUAGUAAAUUAAAAAACAAUCUGUGAGUAUAAAAGGCACGGAAUGGGUUAAAGGUUUAUUGAAUUUUAGAGGUUGCGCUCGCCGGUUUUCGAAGACCGCCGCCAAUGCGGUGUAUCCGCAAUUAUUGCGUCAGCUAUCGCGAACCGUGUCGUUGGUGAUUGGACAGUCCCCGAAGAGCGGGAAAUCCCCGUUGAAACCUGCUCUUCCGCGCUAUCCAUCCCCGCGGUUCUCCCGCUGACGUCUUUCGCGUCAGCACAUCGAGCUUCCGACCCCGUCUUCGUCAGAGACAUUACGGCGACCGGCGAUCAGUAUCGCGCUGCGCGACAUCGCCGCAACAUUCUUCGUGCUAGGUGUUUUUUCUUCUGUUUCAAGUUCUCGAAUACAGCGAUGAUAUUUAUUUUCAACGCCGAUCUGUGAUACAACACCCUGGACGAUCAUUGUGACACCUAUUCGGAAAAAGAUUGUUGCAUUUUGAAAGCAUUGUUAUAUACUGUUGUGGAGAAAAACAAGUGAUUAUUAUGAUGGAUCUGUUUAACAAUUACGGCAGGACGGACUUAUCGGAGGUGUGCCCUUUGUUCUCUAAUCUCAACGACGAUGACGAGCCCUACUUACUGGAUAUGGAUUCGUUAAAGACGCGGAAAACAAACGGCCCGACAACGCGUAGUUACGAACCCAAUCGAAAAAGAUGUACCUUUGGCGACGAAAACAAUGAAAUUGACGGUGCCGGCUGGUCGGAUAAACCUGUCAGAAAUUGGUGCCAGGAAGAAACGAUCAAUUGGUUGAUAUCUGCGGCAUCAUACAUUGGACAACCGUACGGUUUAAUUCAACAAAGUCUUGCAGUACCAGGACACGAAUUAGUUACCUUCACAAGAGACGAUUUUAUAAAUCAUGAUCCCUUGUAUGAUCGGCUCUAUGACCUACUCCACUCUCAGCAUAUCUCAAACAUACCUCCAACAUUCGACACCAUUCAUCCCGAUUCCGAAGAGCAGUACGCGCGAAUUAAUUCUAUUAGUACAUCAGACACAGAAUCAGAUAAUAACAGUAUUGAUGUAUCUACCAAACGACCACCAGUUAGACCAAGAGUAUUAAAAACGAAAAAGAAUUCCACCAGUCAAGGAAACUAUGGGAAUUCAUUAGAGAUUUAUUACGUAAUCGAGAAACGUGUCCAAGUCUAAUACGUUGGGAAGAUUAUUCGCAAGCGAAAUUUCGGUUUGUUAAAAGUGACGAGGUCGCGAAACGAUGGGGUUCGCGAAAAGGAAACACAAAGAUGACCUACGAGAAACUGAGUCGAGCUAUGAGGUAUUAUUACAAAAGUCAAAUCUUUCAACCUGUAUUGGGCCGAAGAUUGGUCUACCAAUUUGGGACCCAACGCAAAAGGUUGGCAGACUGACAAUCCGAAUUUGGAUAUUAAUCUUACCUACCGACUCUACGAAUUUCCUCAAGUUUCAUUCGUUGUAAAAAUUGCAUA